AUGUGGUCCAACAAGGUUGAAAUCAUCAAGAACAUCUUCAACAAGAUGAUGAAGGAUAUUGAAUCUGGAGUUGAACUCGAGACCACCCACCUUCUUGCCCGCCUCGUCAAGGUUCUCCGUUUCUGCACUGAGCACGAAAUCCAAAAGGUUGACCGCUACUUGUCCGAAACCGAGAAGAUGUCUGAGAAGACCGUCGAGAAGAUGCGCCAAUUCUUCUACGAUUCUCUUGCUCUUUCCGGAACCAAGACCACCAUCCACCACCUUCUCCAAAAGAUCAACGACAAGAAGAUCACCCCAGUCAAGGCUGCUCAACUCAUGAAGAUGCUCGCCGAGAUCCGUGUUCCAUCUGACCUCAUCGCUGAAGAUAUCUUCAACUUCUGUGAGUCCAACAUCGUUGCCCGCAACCCACUUCUCCGCCAAUCUUGCUGGUUGACUUACGGAUCCAUCGUCUCUGGAUUCUGUGGAAACACUGAAAACAAGAUGGCUCUUGAAUUGACCGAGAAGAUGUGCCCACGUACCCUCAAGCAAAAGAUUGUUGACCAACUUAUCCGCAAGUUCGAGACUGCCGAGACCCGUUACGAGAAGGUUCUUUUCGUCAAGACCCUCUCCAACGCCGCCAUCGAUGUUUCCGU